AUGUCUUCAUAUCACUUACAGCCAGCUCCUGCGGCAUCUGAUGUAGAAAAACAACAGCUUCAAGCAGAGCUUGAACAACUCCAAGCUGAACUGCGCAAGCAAGAACUGCGUAUUGCUAUAGCACGGAAAAAGCGCGCGCUGGAGGGUGGCGAGACCCGGCUUGAGUUUUAUAAGGGAUUUCGCGGGGAUAAUUCACUUGGAUCUAGGCACUGUUCUAUAACGCCUGAUAUAACGCAAACCAGUGAAUCGCAGGAAUUAACUCAUGACUCCCCUAUCUCACAUAUGGUACUCAACGACACCAUGAUAUGUCCAAGAGAAGAGACCGUUUCUGCGCUAUGGAAGCGAAUCCAACGAUACCAUGUCGUCCACGUUAGGGCCACACCCGGCAGUGGCAAGUCAAUAUUGCCUCGACUCCUACAGGACUACGUACGACGGAAAAGUCCCAACAUGCCAGUUUACUGGUGUAGUUGGCCAGAAACAACCCCCGAGAAAAUCGGACAUUGCUACGAGAAGUUACUGAACGAAUUUCAAUUUGACCGUCUCACGCCUCAGACAUUUCGGUCUUUUUUUACCUAUGCUGAGUACUUGGAUGUAGUUGAGCGAGUGAAGGCGUAUGAGUUGCGAUUUGGCCAGUGUUUUCUUCCCGACUCAGACGUCGUGGAAUACGUCUGGCAGAUUACGAACGGGCAUCCUUCGGGUGUUAGAGUGAUGCUUGAAUUGUUGGCAACAUCAGAGAAGCUAAGACACCUCAGAAAAGCAAGCUCAGUCAUCGACCUCAAAGUUGCACUUGAUAUCCUUGGACAAGACCUAAUACCCACUCUCGUUCAGAAUGCCACAUUUGGGCGCGGCUUACCCCCAAGAGACUUUUUAAAACGAAAUCUUAAGGUUGCCAAUGUGCUCCAGGAUGUCCUGCUGAACGGCUCCGUCACAGGAGUAUGGGAGCCUAAACAAGGAAGAUUACACCAGACUGAUGGCACCGUGAAUGCGUGCUAUCACAGAGGUUGGGUGCAGGCAGAGUUGGCUCCGACAGAAAGAGAUGAAGACUAUGAUUUUGAAAAGACUGUUUUCAUUUUCCCCUCUGACCUUCACAAACGAUGUAUCGAGUGGUUCUUGUCUCUCGAGAAACCACCAUAUCCUACUUCGCAAUAGGUUGUGCAUGGAAGCAAUCAAACGGUUCAACCCACUCGC